AUGGCUUUCGCAGAGAGUGCAGCAGUUUUUGAGAGUCGCGCGCGCGAGAUUGGCUUGAGUGAUGACGUGUUCAAGGCAUUGAAAGAAGAGGGCCUGGACUCCAUGGCAAAUUUUGCCUUUGGGUGUUCUCAUGUCCCUGGCAGCAGCAAUGAGGACAACUUCCUGAGCAUGCUCAAGAAGGCCCUGAAGCGCGACCCCUCGUUGGCCGAAACUGCUCGCCUGAGGCGGCUAUUCCAUGAGAGCUAUGCCGUUGUGGCAGCGGACCUCAAGGCCUCAGUCGAACAGUCGGAUGAGAGCGGCGUGCGGAAGCUUGCGAAGGCGCAACAGGCCCGCUUGCAAGGCAUUUGCAUUGCGCGGGUGUGA